AUGUCAGACUCUCCACAAGAAGCUCCUGCAGGAAGCAGCUCGUACAAGUCUGAUACAAUGACUGUUGGAGACGGAACAUGGGACACAUCCAGGAAUGCUUUCCUGUUACCAAAUCUCGUAGGCCUUAAUUUCGAGACGAUGCGUUACAAUGGUAUGAGUUUAGGAAAUCCCAGCGACUUUCGCUUAUCUAAUUGUGUCCUAGGCAUGGGAAACCGUUUCCGAGAACUUCCAGGAUACCACAGUCUAAUCCGAGCACAUGGAACCAUCGCUGCUAUCACAUUCCUGGCCAUCGUCCCAGCCGCAAUUCUAGUCUCUAGAUUCUAUACUCGAUAUCCAAGAAGAGCUGUAAGGAUACACAUAUGGCUUAACAUACUCGCCGUCCUGUUGGUUACUGUGAUCUUCAUCCUCGGGAAUAUUGCCGUGGGUCCGACAAGACGCCUUUCGAAUCCGCAUCACGGUGUUGGGACUGCCAUAUUCGUUCUCACUCUUGUAGGCUUCAUACAAGGCUGGUGGAUACAUCGCAAACAUAAGAGGAAUUCUUCGGAGGAGCCACUAGGAGUUACGCUUCACAAUUGGCUUGGGCGCGUCACAGCCCUGCUAGGACUGGCACAGAUACCCUUAGGACUUACGCUUUACGGUGCUCCCAAAGUCCUUUUCAUAUUGUAUGCUCUAGCGGCAUUUCUUCUCCUUGUAACCUACUUUUGGUUGACCCGCAUACGCGUCAAGCAUUAUGGUGGAACGGACUACGACAGCAGAUACAGUUACGGCCCGUCAAGUGUAGCUGACGAUAGAAGACGGCGCAGCGGAUCGGGCAGCUGGCUCAAACCUGCGCUUGCCGGGGCAGGAGUGUACGCAAUCGCUAACAAGCUGCGGCGAAGGUCAAAAGAUCGAGCAGAAGGCCGCCCUGGACCAGAGGUCGUGGGAUCGCGUCGAAACUCACUUGAUGACGAAAAAUAUUCGGAAUAUAGUCGGGAGUUCAGAUGGGAAGACCGAUUACUGAGAGUCGCAGCACCCAUAGGCCUCGGAAGCCUAGUCACCAGGUAUUAUGAUAGGAGAUAUCACGAGCGCAACAGCGAUGUAAGCUCGUAUCGCCCUCCACUUGGCGGAGCAACUCCUAUCAACGACCCAAGAUAUGGACCGGCGCCUCCAGCGGUGCCUUUGCCCUUCGGCCAGCCAUUACCACCAGCGCCUGGCCCGUAUGGACAACCCGCACCUUUAGCUAGUACUCAGAUACCUCCACCUGCGCCCUACACCAGCGAGCAUCACCCGUUAAAUCGUACUCACUCACGAGAAAGCUCUUAUUCGUCCACCCUACCAAGUGCUAGUGGAGAAGCUCAAAGGCCACAUCGUGUUCGAGAUGGACUCGCGACUCUAGGCGCGGCUGGACUGGCGAAGAACAUCUGGGAUAGAUUGCGCGGCGGAGGAGGAGAUCGUCGCCUGCAUCAAGAGCAAGAUGCUCGAAUGCAUGGUCAGCGUUUCACAGGUGAUGGACGGCCUGCGCGGCACCAUCGCCCAGGAAUGUCGAGUAUUAGCAGCGAAGCAUCGUAUGCCGCUCCGCACCCGACAAAUGCACAGGGGAUACCUCCCAUACCCGCUGGUACGUAUCCAAAUGCUGGAGUCAUACCAGGCGCCGGGGCCACUCGGGAGGCGGAAAGGGAUCAUCAUUCAGAGCUUCCUCUUGGAGGCGUGCCUCGACGAACGGACAUGCCUGCAAUACCGCCCGAUCCGCAGGGCGUCCUUCACCACGAAUCUUCUAGCUCAGACGCAUUCAGUUCACCUGGAAGGGGCGAUCGUCACAAUCGUCGCUCAGGGCGUGGCAUUGCCCCCUUGGCGGGAGCUACUGUUGCAGAAGCAUCUACCAGCCGACAAGAUACGCAGGCGCGACAUCAAUCUACCAGCGCAGGUGAAGACAGCGGCGUCACAUCUCCGCCGGUUAGCGUCAAAGUCAAGAUGCACAAGGAUGGUCGCAACAUCACACUCAGUCGGCUACCAGAAGCAGAAGCUGAGGCGCGACGUCGAGCUCGACAAGGCGCAAAUGCCAGCGAAAGCACGCUUAGCGGCGAAGGUGGCGGUGGCUCGCGCUUUAGGCGGCGUGAGGCUCAAGACCGACAGAAUGCGGAGGCCAUGAGGAUCGAGAGCGAGAGACUUGCCGCUGCCAGGAAUGAAGCACUAUCGUCGAGUCCAAACGUACCACCAGUGACGCCUGUCAACUUACCACCUCCGCCACCAAUCCCAGAAAGCUCAGGCUCAGCAAGGCCGCCUGCUAGCGGAAGUGUCGGUAGCCCACAGACUUACGACACGGACAUCAGUACUGACUAUGCAAACAAUCGACGACGGAGAAGGGCCGAAAGGGCAAGAAUAAAGCAAGCCAAGGAGGAAAGAGAGGCGAAAACGGGCAAAACUGUGGGUUUUGAGUAG